UGUGUCAAGUCAUCUGUCCGUCAUAAGCUACAACCUUUCGGCUAAACAAAUUUUUGUGACAAAAUUUCAUGCUUAAACGAAUUUGAGUAUUCCGCCGAAAAUCCAAGUAUGGAAUGACUCGUAUGGUCCUCUUGAUGGAUAUAAAGGAAUUAAAUUUUUGUACCCGCGAUAAAGUGUUAGAUAUCUUAUGGCUUCUCGACUCAGUCCAAGAAAUUCUGAAGUAAAUGCUUUGGAACAGCGAGGAUAUUUAAUCGGUAAAAAAAUCGGGCAAGGUUCCUACGCCACCGUCCACUUGGCCGAGUAUGUGGACGGUUCCGGCCCCAAACGGAUGCGACUUGCGUGCAAGAUUUUCGACAAGGAGAAGGCUCCCAAGGACUUCCUCGAGAAGUUCUUCCCCAGGGAGCUGGAGAUUCUCACCAAAAUUGAGAACCCGCACAUCGUGCAAGUGCACAGCAUCCUUCAAAGAGGGAGCAGGGUUUUUAUUUUUAUGAGGUAUGCCGACAAUGGUGACCUUUUGGAUUUUAUAAAGAAAAACAGCAUAAUCCCGGAGCCGCAGGCGAAAAUAUGGUUCAGACAGAUGGCGAGCGGCUUGCAGUACCUCCACAGCAAAAACAUAGCCCACAGGGACCUGAAAUGCGAAAAUAUUUUAUUAUCUCGCCGAUUCAACGUGAAAAUCGCCGACUUCGGCUUUGCUCGUUUUUGCGUGGAUUCCGACAACCGCCGAAUCCUGAGCCAAACCUACUGCGGUUCUGCCGCUUACGCAGCCCCGGAGGUGGUCAACGGCACACCUUAUAAUCCGAAAUUAUCCGACGUGUGGUCCUUGGGGAUCAUUCUCUUCAUCAUGUUGAACGCAUCGAUGCCUUUCGACGACACCAACUUGAGAAAAUUGCUUAAGGAUCAGAUGACGAAAAACUGGGUGUUCAGAUCCAGGGUGCGCGACACUUUAUCAUCAACUGUUAAAUCCUUAGUGCGACAUUUGCUAGAGCCGGAUUUGACUUUGCGACUGACUUUGGACAGAGUGAUGGCCCACGAGUGGUUGAGAGUGAAAAAGGACAGAGUGUCGCCGUUGAUCGGCAGGCUGAUUCACUCGGCGCCCCAGACGCAUGCGGCGGCGCCGAAUAACGACGCUGAUGGUGGACACGAUGAGAACGAAACGGUGGCAGGCGAUUUUCAAAAUCCCGAAAGUAAAAAGAGUAAGAUGAUGAUUAACGUGCCGGAUUCCCAGCUCAGAUAUUAAUUUUCGUUGUCCGCUUAUCAAAAAUUGUCGAUGGGGUGGGAAUACUUCUAUGAAUUUUACAUACAAUAAAUCAUUUUUAUGCCAUGUAAA